AUGUCGAGCAAUGACAAGGACGUAUAUAGCUUGCUUUUUUCAUAUCAAAAAAAUGUGAGAGCUGCUCAAGUUAAAGAAAAACGGCAAGUUCUAGAACGUGUGAUAGAAAUUGUUAAACUUAUUGGAAAGCGAGGACUUAGUUACAGAUCUAUCAAUGACGCAGCCUACUGUCUGGACAAUGUCAAUAUUGACCACGGGAACUUUUUAGAAAUUUUAAUCCUUCUGUCUAAAUUUGACCCGCUUAUGAAAAAUCAUCUUGACAUCGUGACGGAGAAAAGUAAGCAACGACAUGUCACGUGCGCAGCAUCAGGAACGAAGGGACGAGGAGGGUUAGUAACAUUUAUUUCAAGCACUACUGUCAAUUAUGUAAUUGAAUCUGUUCGCCGUAUGAUUAAGGCAUCGAUUGCAGAUGAGAUUCAAUCGGCAGGAAUGUUCUCCGUGCAACUGGACACAACGCAAGAUGUUAGCGUAAAGGAUCAAUGCUCGAUUGUAAUCCGAUAUGUUAAAGACCAUAUUUACGAGCGACUGGUAUCCGUCAGCAAUUGUACUAAUUCGACAGGCAAGGGUAUGUUCGAGCUGUUCCGGGAUGAAAUUGUCAAAAUGGGCAUAAACAUUGAAAACUGUGUGGGAAACUCUACAGACGGGGCGGCAAACAUGCAGGGCCAAUAUUCCGGUUUCACAAAAUGGCUCAGUGAGGCAUCCCCAAACCAAGUGCAUGUGUGGUGUUACGCUCAUGUAUUGAAACUUGUUCUUGUUGAUACCACACAAACCACCAAAGCUGCUAUCAGUAUAUUUCAGCUUAUAAACAAAUGUGCUGUUUUCUUGCGCGAAUCAUAUAUACGAAUGGACAUAUGGGCGUCAAAACAAUCAAACAAUAGAAGACUAAAUGUAAUUGGCGAGACACACUGGUGGGCAAAGGACCAUGCAUUAAAAAAAAUAUUUGGAAGCUUCAACAACCCAUCGACGUCCUUGUAUAUUGAGCUAAUUGAAACUUUACAAGAGUUAGCCUCCUCUGAAGACUUUAACCCAACUGUUCGCGACACCGCCCAAACCCUAUUAGAUAAGUGCAUCUCAUUUGAAACAAUUCUUACCGUUCAAGUUUUUUUGCGUAUAUUCCAACACACAGCAUCACUUUCCAAGUACCUGCAGACAAGUGGGAUGGACGUGCUCCAAGUCUACCGAAACGUUGACUGCACUAUCAAGGCACUGCGAGACGUGUCCAGACACUUUGAUGGCAUUAAUGCGAGCGCUAAAAAAUUUGUCGAGUGGGCCAACAACUCAUUGGAAGAUCUGAAAAUUGAUGUGACGGUUGAAGCUGCAUUGCCAGAGAAAAAAGCAAUGAGUGGUGAGCGACGCACUCACGAGGCUGUCGGAGAACGCGCAAUUGAUUGCUACAGGAUAACGGUACACAACUGCGUUAUGGACAAAGUAGUGAAAACUUUGGAAGAACGCUUUAAAGCUCAAGACACGUUGUUCGCUGACAUGACGUGCUUGAAUCCGGAAAAUUUCUACGAUAUCAAGAAAAACGGUAUCCAACCUACUGCCUUAGUACGUCUCAGCAGCAUUCUAACAAAAUUUAAUAAAGAUGCAACAGCUUCAAAUUUACAAUCCGAACUCAUCGACUUUUCGCUCAAGUGGAGCAAAUUUAAGAAGACCGUUCCUGAAGAGUAUUUGGGCAUGAACUUAGCGGAAAACCGAAACGACAACGAUGAAUUGAAGAACGACGAGGAAACUGCAGUUUCUUCUUCGUUCUCUGAAGACAAAGAAACUCAUGGUAAAUGCAAGAGUUCCAAAAAUUGCCCCGUCUGUUGCUUCACGGUUUUACACAAAUACAAUUUCUACAGCAAAGCCUACACCCAUUUGUACAAUGCUUAUAAGCUCUUGCUGACUUAA